ACCGAUUCUCAUCUGGUUUCCAUAGUACCGCCCCCCUAGAGGUUUGCCCGGACGCUUUGAUAUAGCGCUGAUACACAGGAAAGAAUAAAGAUAUAAAGAUAACGUGCCACGCUUUAAGAAAAACGAGAUCAUUGAACAGGAACAGAUAGAAAUCAGUAGGCUAUGUAACAUUCUGCAGCAAAAUUAUUUAACGUCGACUGACUUGAAAGGAGAAAUAAAAGUGAGGAGCGUCCUCAUCUCCCAGGUCCCCCUCGCCCCUCCCUUAAUGAAUCGAGUGAGGGCUGGGAGAGUGAGGAGCCGCGCUGGCCGUGCACUGAGACUGCGGCGCCGACGGGGACCGACCGGGGACCGGCUGGGCUGCACGCGACUACGCGCUGUCCUUGGUGCUGAUCGGGCUGCAGUGGCACUGGGAACGGGGCAUAUAAUCCCGCGGUCGUAGAGGUCGUAAGGCGUAGCCCUUAGGAAAUAAUAUAUAUAUAUUAGUUUAAUUUCUUUCUCUUUUUUUACUCCUCCUUGUUUCCCUUUAAACAGCAAAUCUUCUUUUUUGCAAACUUUGUUUCAAGAACGUGGCAAGGAUUUUUUCCAUCCGGUUUUGCAUACAGAAACAGUCGGUUAAACCCCAACACCAUGUUACAGUAUGGUCUCAUUGUGCGUGAGGUGAGGGGGGACUUUACUAUCCUGAAUAUGGAGUCAAACCACAUUUGAUUGCUCGCAUAUGUAGGCGUUUUUUCAUCGUCCGUACAGCAUAUUCUUGGGAUAUCUGGUCGAGUCUUGAUCUCCUUACAAAGAAGAUAAUCACGCCUUUUCCUUUUUGUAUCUCACUACUAUGCUCGGUCAUCUUGCACUGUAAUAUGAUACUUUAACUUUGUUGCAAAACGAGCGGAGCAUAAAAUUUGGCGAUGGAUACCGUAAAGGAGCGAGUUUUCGCCCCCGGCAAAGAAGGGCUAAAGAAUUUCGCGGGCAAGACGCUGGGGCAGUUGCACAGGGUGCUGGAAAAGCGACAGAAAACUGGGGAGGUGAUCGAGCUGACGGAAGAUGGGCGACCCUCAGAAACCAAAGAGAAGAAGCCGCCGAUAUUUGACUGCACGUGUUUCGGGCUGCCCCGUCGGUACAUCAUAGCCAUCAUGAGCGGCCUGGGCUUCUGCAUCUCCUUCGGCAUUCGCUGCAACCUGGGCGUGGCCAUCGUGAGCAUGGUUAACAACAGCACAUACCACCAAGGCGGCAAGAUCAUCAUCAAAGAGAAAGCCAAGUUUAACUGGGACCCGGAGACAGUGGGGAUGAUCCACGGUUCGUUUUUCUGGGGCUACAUCGUCACGCAGAUCCCAGGAGGGUACAUAUCCUCACGACUGGCAGCCAACAGGGUUUUCGGUGCAGCUAUAUUCCUCACCUCAACUCUCAACAUGCUCAUCCCAUCCGCUGCCCGAGUUCACUACGGAUGCGUCAUGUUCGUGAGGAUACUGCAGGGACUCGUGGAGGGGGUGACCUACCCAGCCUGCCAUGGUAUCUGGAGCAAAUGGGCCCCUCCCCUGGAGAGAAGUCGCCUGGCAACAACAUCCUUCUGUGGUUCCUACGCUGGUGCUGUGAUCGCCAUGCCUCUAGCAGGGAUUCUAGUGCAAUACUCAGGAUGGUCCUCAGUGUUCUAUCUGUACGGGAGCUUUGGAAUCGUCUGGUACAUGUUCUGGGUAUUCGUAUCAUACGAGAGUCCGGCCAUACACCCCACCAUCACAGACGAGGAACGUAAAUACAUAGAGGAGAGCAUCGGGGAGAGUGCUAAGCUGCUUGGACCUGCUGAUAAAUACAAGACUCCCUGGAGGAAGUUCUUCACAUCCAUGCCCGUCUAUGCAAUCAUCGUGGCCAACUUCUGCAGGAGCUGGACCUUCUACCUGCUGCUCAUCAGCCAGCCGGCCUACUUUGAGGAGGUGUUUGGGUUCGAGAUCAGCAAGGUCGGCAUGGUGUCAGCCCUCCCCCAUCUAGUCAUGACCAUCAUCGUCCCCAUCGGUGGCCAGAUUGCCGACUUCCUACGCGCCAAGAACAUCAUGUCCACCACCAAUGUGCGCAAGAUCAUGAAUUGUGGAGGUUUUGGCAUGGAAGCCACGCUGCUCCUAGUGGUGGGGUACUCUCACAGCAAAGGCAUGGCAAUCUCAUUCCUUGUCCUUGCCGUGGGAUUCAGUGGCUUCGCUAUAUCAGGUUUCAAUGUAAACCACCUGGACAUCGCCCCCCGCUACGCCAGCAUCCUCAUGGGCAUCUCCAAUGGGGUGGGCACCCUGUCCGGCAUGGUGUGCCCGCUCAUAGUGGGGGCCAUGACCAAAAACAAGACCCGAGAGGAGUGGCAGUACGUGUUCCUGAUCGCCGCCUUGGUGCAUUAUGGGGGCGUCAUCUUCUACGGCAUCUUCGCGUCCGGCGAGAAGCAGCCGUGGGCCGACCCUGAGCAGACCAGCGAGGAGAAGUGCGGCUUCAUCGACGAGGACGAGCUGGCUGAGGAGACGGGCGACAUCACCCAGGGCUACAGCUCGCUGGCUGCCGGCCCAGCCAAGACGUACGGGGCCACAACCCAGCUCAACGGCGGCUGGCCGGGCGGCUGGGAGAAGAAGGAGGAGUACGUACAGGAGAGCCCGGAGCAGGCUGGCUAUGGCUACCGGCAGGACGACGACUUCUCUUAGAGCCACAUACCCAUCCACUAUAGAUCCAUUUUGUAGUGUCUGUGACCUCCAGCAAAAGUAAAAAACAAUAAAUAAAUCCAUCGUGGUAUGUUUGCACAAAUUAAACUUUAAAAAAAAUAUAUAUGUAUAACUUAAAACAAAAGAGAUAUAACAUAUCAAACUGGCAGGUUGUAAAUGUAAAAGAGAGUAUCGAUAUAUUAAUUUUGAGUGCAAUCUUGUAUAAAAUCGUGACACAUCUGCACCCCCUUGGACCGGCCUCUUCACCCGUAGAUGACCGUAGGAUAAGAUCGUAGCUCAUCGGCUCCUAAAACUCCACUCGAUCCGGGUACCCUAGUCUGUAAAGAAUGUGUUUGUAGUUGACCAUCCUAGUCACCACCUCAGCAGAUGAUCACCAUUUUUAAUGCGUUUUUUAAAUGCACCGAUAGUGAGGUAAUUUCCUUCAUUUUUAAUGCAGUAGGGCAAAUUUAUUUCUUAAUCAUUAUGUGUUUUUACAAAUUCAUACUAUAUAUAUAUAUAUAUAUAAUGUUUCUGUGAGACUAUUGUGGACUUGGGUCUUUGAUCUAAUAGAGAAAAUUGAUUUUAAAAAGGCCAUAUUUUUCACAGACAAUGCCGUUUCAGGGAGUUGUCUGCUGAAGGACACAGGGCCCUUGUAGAGUUCUCGUAGAGUUCUCGUAGAGUCCUCGUAGAGUCCUUGUAGAACGGGCCUGUGCUGUCAAGGGCAGACCAUAGUGACUAACUGUUAACGGGCAAAAGCACAGUCUGGAACUGACCGUUCUACUCGCUGUCCAUGUAGAUGUUCCCGCAGAACAAGCACACACAAAAACACGCAAACGAGCCCCUGAGGGCUGACAGUAAUUUUAUUUUAUAUUCUUCAUCCCAGCCUCCACAAACGAUAUUAUGCAUGGAUCUACGGUUGUGUUUUUUUUUUCUUUUCUAAUACCCAGAAUAUCCCCUUGUCUCCAGUUGUUCCUGGUGUCAGUUACUUUGCACGAGUAAAAAAAAAAGAACAAACAAAAAAAAAAA